AUGACUGCAGCACUUAGAAUGCUCGCUUAUGGAGUAGCAGCUGAUUUUAUGGAUGAAUACUUGAGGAUUGGAGAAAGUACCACAAUGAAGAGUCUAUUUUAUUUUGUCAAAGCAGUGGUUGAAAUUUAUUCUGAUAAGUAUUUGAGGUCACCAAACAACAAUGACAUUGUUCGACUACUAGCAAUUGGCAAAAGUCGUGGCUUUCCUGGAAUGCUGGGAAGCAUUGAUUGUAUGCACUGGACAUGGACGAAUUGCCCAGCUGCAUGGAAAGGUAUGUAUACUGGUCACACCCAUGAACCAACAAUUAUUUUGGAAGCAGUUACAUCAUAUGAUCUUUGGAUAUGGCAUGCAUUUUUUGGGCUACCUGGGUCUCAUAAUGAUAUCAAUGUACUAGAAAGGUCUACUGUAUUUACUGAGCUUGCUCAAGGGCGUGCUCCUCCAGUCAAUCACACCAUCAACGAUAAUGAGUAUACAAUGGGAUAA